ACCAAGUUGGCAGUGCUUCGAUACAACGUGCGCAUUUGUUUGGCGUGAAUUUUAAUAUCUUAAUCAUCUUAUUAGAUGCUUCAUAUAAUGAUAUUAUACUUGUAAAAUAAGAUUAAAGUACGUCAUGAGUAUCUAUCACGACGAAGUGGAAAUCGAGGACUUUGAGUAUGACGAAGAGGAGGAGAUGUACUACUAUCCCUGUCCAUGCGGCGAUCGAUUUCAGAUCUCCAAGGAAGAGUUGAUCGAGGGUGAAGAGGUUGCCACCUGCCCCAGCUGCUCGCUAGUUAUAAAGGUGAUAUAUGAUCCGGAAAUGUUCAAGGCUGAGGAAGACGAGGAAACCAAUCUCAACGAAAAACUCAGUGAUUUGAAGUUGGAGAAGAAUUAAGACAAGCAAUUUGGUGUAAUUAAAUAUUUUUUAUUUAUAUAUUUUUAUAUAUAGACUUCAUUUUAGUGUAAAUAAUACGUUGACUAGUAAAUCAAAGAGUUCAAAUUA